ACAAUGUACUCUUACGAUUUUAUAAUAACAUUCAUUUGCUGAUCCCCAGAAAAGUCCCCUGAGAUAAUGGCUGGUGUGAGAGAGUUUUGGGAGCAGUAUCAGACUGUUCUAGGAGCUGGGGCAGCGACUCUAGCAGGACUGGCAGCGCUAAGCUACAUGACGUCAAAUGGCACACCGGUGGAGACUAUCGUGGAUCUGAACAAUCAAUCUGUGGUCAUAGAUGGGAAGCCAGAGCAUCGCGGUUCGAGACUGGCUCGUCGUCCAGAUUACAUCACUUGUGACCGUCCUGCCCCGGAUGUAGAAACGUGUUUCGCUGUCUUGGCAAAAGGACUGCGAAUGUCCGGAAACGGCCCCUGCCUUGGCACGAGAACGGGACCAAACAAAGAAUACGAGUGGAUUUCUUUCCAAGAGUGGUGCAUAGCAGACUUUGGAUGCCAGGCUUUUUCAAUGGUUCCUGUUCCAAUCUAUGACACCCUGGGUCUCCCUGCUGUGAAGUAUAUCUUGACACAGUGUGAGAUAGAGCUAGUUAUGUGUGACACUGCCCAGAAGGUCACAACCUUGCUCAGCUUAAAGUCAGAGGUCGCGUGCCUGAAGACAGUCGUGGUGGUGGAGAACGUCGGUGAAAAGGUCAAGGCCGAGGCUAAACAAGCAGGCGUGGAUGUUGUCACGUUUGCAGACAUCCAGGAAAUCGGAAAGAAAAACCCACAGCCCCCAAAUCCUCCUAAACCAGAGGACAUGUUUUCCAUCAUGUACACAAGCGGAACCACUGGGAACCCCAAAGGUGUUGUCGUGACCCAGAGGGCCUUUGUGUCAAUGGUCAGGAGCAUGACUCUACACACCAAGGGGGUUUAUCAGCCCACCCCUGACGAUGUCCACCUGUCGUAUCUACCGCUGGCUCACAACUAUGAGCGAGGAUUGCACGUCUUCCUGCUCAUGCACGGCGCCAGGAUUGGAUACUUCAGCAGAGACAUCAAGCUUCUCACGAAUGAUUUAGCAACUCUGAGGCCUACUUUGUUCCCUAGUGUGCCGCGGCUUCUCAACCGAAUCUAUGAUGCUUCGCAUCUACAGGCGAGAUACUAUUUGGGACAAGCUGAUUUUCCAAAAGAUCCAGCAGCGACUCGGAGGGCGAGUACGGAUCGUUCUGUCGGGAUCAGCACCUCUGUCUGAGGAUGUCAUGAACUUCUUGCGCUGUGCUCUGGGCUGUUUCGUGGUCGAGGGAUACGGGCAGACAGAGGUGUGUGCUGCGGCCACGAUGAACUUCCCGGGUGACGCAAGUAUAGGUAUGCCUCAAGUCAGACUUCGUGUUCACGGGCUACUUCAAGGACCCGGAGAAAACACGAGAAACUCUUGAUGACGAGGGCUGGCUUCAUACAGGUGAUAUUGGUACCUGGUUACCGAACGGGUGCCUGAAAAUUGUGGACAGAAGGAAAAACAUUUUCAAAUUAGCUCAGGGAGAGUACAUCGCCACAGAAAAGAUCGAGAGCAUAUACAUGAACAGUCCGUUCACAGCCCAGUGCUUUGUUGAUGGGGACAGUCUCAAGACCUGUGUGAUGGCUGUUGUCGUCCCUGACGAGGCUUACAUAAGUGUCUGGGGGCCAAAGAAUGGAUUCCCUGGCGGCCUGAAAGAGUUCUGUGCGCAUAAGGACGCCAAGCACUUGAUCCUCAAGGACAUACUCAGUCACGGCAAGGCGAACGGACUGAAAGGCUUUGAACAGGUCAGAGACAUCGUUCUGGAGUUAGAAAUGUGGACAGUGGAAAACGAUCUCAUCACGCCAACCUUCAAGAACAAAAGACCUGCGCUGAGGAAGAAGUACAAGGAAACUAUCGCAAACCUCUACAUUUCGAAUGGCCUGUGAAAGGACAACAGUUGAAACAUGACUCGAUAAACUUACGAAAAACUUAAAAGAAAUUUUAGAACCAUAGAAAACAGUUUUAGUUUCAGAUUAGGAAAGGCUGUUUGGGUGGUUAGCGUAUGCUCUAGUGUGGUUUGCUCCUUUUCCCCUUCCAAACAUCUAUCGCUCAUAUCUUCACCACUUCUUUUUAUGUUAGUUAAUCUCUUGUAGCACGUAUAUGACCUUAUUGUGUUGCAAGUGAUGCACAAAAAAAGGAAAGGCAGUUCUAUGGCAAAGAAUCUUUAGUAACUAUGUAAAGUUUGCACACAGUCCUUCAAUUCGUAGUGGAAUAGUGGAACUUUUAAAGAAAGUGGAUGGGAAGGCAUCAUAUUCAAAUAUAAACCAAUGUCCCUGGUGAAACAGUUGGGUCAUUCUCAGUGGCGCAUACAUGAUUUGAAUUAUGUCGAUUGAGACGUUAAACAUAAUAAUUUUACAAUUGCUUAAAUAAGUCAGGAAUUAAAAUUACCAAAAAAGA